CCGCGCAGCUCGAUGCCUCCAAAGUCCCGCUGCUCCACGCCGCCUUCGACGAGCUCGCGCAGGUCGAGCAGACCCUCGCCGAGCAGAUCUAUCAGCGCUCCCAGGCCCCCGCAGAGCGGCUUCGCGAGCUCGAUCUCUACAUGCAGACGCUCUACCAGCGACAGAGCGAGCUGCGCUCCCGAAUCGCCAUCGACCUCCUCGACUGCCUUCUCCCUCUCGCCAUCCCCGCCGCCGCGCAGCUGUACAGCGGGUACAACACCCUGGGCAUCGCGCUGGAGCCCUUCCAAUGCCUCACCGAUCUCCUCCUCAACGAAGAGCCAAUCAACUUCGACGAUCUCAACCUGACUCUCCUCGAUCGCUAUCUCCUCUCCGCCGUUACCCUAAUUCCACGUUUCUACGUUCUGGCCAUCCAUCAAGCCGUCUUCGCCCUCCACAUCCUCAUCGCCAAGAAGCUCGUCCUCCCCGCGGAAAUCCCCGGGUUCGACGCCAUCCAGGGCGAUCUGAAGCAGCUGCUCGAGCGAUUCGACGCGAUCCACGCGACGCAGAGCGCCAACUGCACCGUCGGCUGUCAGAACGAACUCGUGGCGUUGCUCAAGCAGCGAGGCUUCGUGAAGACGGUGGAGGAAAUGCUGCUUCUCUACUUGCGGAAAUGCGUGCUGCUGCUGUUCACGCUGUCGGACCACACGCCGGAAUCUCGCUUCAUCCUCCCCAAGGACUUCGAGGAGCUCCGCCAGUACCUCAAUCUCCCCGCGGUUUCCGAGUUCGGCUCGAUCCUAAAAGACCCGAAGGCGCGUCUGGCGGCGGAGCAGAGCUUGGAGAGCCUGCGGCUGUCGUUCUACCGACUGAGCGUGGCGGACGCGGUGUACAAUCUGCCGGAGCGCGCGUUCUUCUUCCUGCCGGUGGUGCUGCCGAGCUGCACGCUGCUGCUGCCGCUGCCGGAGGACAUGCGGGCGCUGAACUCGCUGUGUCAUCGCUUCCAUCGAGGAAACGAGGGCACGGCUGGAGAGAAGGAAGAGAAGGAGGCGGAGGAGCAGGACACGCAGCAUUGCUCGAAGUGCUCGCGGUGUGUGCAAUGCCAGAAGGAAGUGGAGCUGCCGUACAUGUGUCUGCUGUGCGGACGGACGUAUUGCUCGCAGGACGGAAGAAGCAGCAAGUGCUCGAUGAGCUCGAUGCGCAUCAGGAAGAUCUGCGAGUGUCGCUGGAUGAUUAA